CAUUAAAUUAGGACGGAAUCACCGAAAGCCAAUGUUCUUUAGUUGGAACUUUUGCUAUUUGCCAAUUCGUUCUUCAAAUCAAAUCAAACUAAGCGAAACAACAUAACGUCAACAUUCAUCAUCUUCAUCAAUGUUACAGCCAAUCCACUUAUUCACCUGCCAAUUGUGCUUAUCUUCGUUCGUUAUUAUUACAACUGAAAAACAAUUUACACGAUAAACAAAUAAUUCAUAAUAAACCGGGAAACACCGAGUAAAACACAUGGGAAAAACAACCAUGUUAUUUGUGAUCACUUUUAUUUUGCACUGAUUGUUGUGAAUAUUUAAAUCAUUUAUUAUUUGAAGUGGCUAUUAAUCGAUUUUGAUAUCUGCUGAUACAUCCGUUGAUGAGUUUCAAAUCCGAAUUUAGUGAAGUGAAGAUCUUUAAAUAACAAUCAACGCAAUUAUUGUCUUUGAGGUUUUUUUUUUGUCGGUGAGUCGAAUAUUUUUAAUUUCAAAUCGUGUCGAUGACGACUGGAUUGUCCAACCCAACAUCACUUUUCAAAUUUAUUACAAAAAAUUCGAUUCACAUUUCGAAUAAUUUUAUAUUGAACGGGACAACAUCUGCGAAAGGCAAAAUUUACGGCGAAUGUUCAACAGUUUUUUACUGCCACAUCAAUGGAAAUCGGCGUAUAUUUCAUAUGCAAAUAUUUUGAUUGAUUUUCUUCGUUUUCAAUUUACCGAUCAUUUCGUCCAUUCAUAUUUAUAAUUGAUUGCAAAUAAAAAUCACUGUUCUUUUUUUGGCUAUUUCUCGUUUGUUGACAUUCGUACUCUCUCACACACACACAUUGUUCCCACCUUUUGAACUUUCGACAAACAAUAUUUGAAAAAGUUAACAAAGAAGUUAAAUUAAGUAUUUCAACUAGUGAGAAAGCGGAAAAAAAUAAAAUAAAUUAUUGUUCAAAUACAGACGAGCGCAAGGUUAUUUUUCCAAUUUCAAAGAAAUUUCCAAUUUUGAACAAAAAAAACGGAUAAUUAUGCAAUGAAAUCAGAGACGGAAACAAGAAAACGAUAAAACAGCGACUGUAGACGUUCGUGAAACUUUCUACGUCUUUCGUUUUAUGUUUGCGCCAGUUUUAAAGUUAGUGCAAAAAAACUGUGUAUCUGUUGAAAAGAGCGAUAAAUCAAUAGGAGUGUUUAGCAUCAACGCAACUUGCCACAAAGAAAAAAGAAAUGGGAAAAAGAGGACGGAGUGAAGGGGAUUGCAUCUGUUCUGCAUCCAAAUCAAGCUCUUCUUGAGAAGAGUAAACGCCAAGAAAAAAAAAUUCACAUAAACUAAAAUCGUUUGUGCAAAAGUGUUAUCGUGGAGAUGACGCUAAACGGGAGAUAAGACCCAGAUACUAAAACGAAAGCAAAUUGUCGUCAUUGCGUUGAAUAUUCAAAAAGUUUGAGCUAAACAUUUUUCGUCACAUUUCCGGGAUUCAUCCAGAAUACCAAAACAAUUGGCCACCGGGACACAUUUGUACUUCGCACUCCUUCGCACAAAAAAAAAGAAACCAUUACAACGAUAAAGAGUGAGAGUGUGGCAACCAUAAAAAAAAGAUCCAAGUAACAAGAGUGCUGAUAAUAUUUUUAUUUUUGUUACGUUUCCAUUCACGCCACCGGGGAGAAGAAAUAAAACGAGUGAAAAAUUGUGUCACACAAGACACCAAAGACAAAUGGAUAUGAAUAACGAAUUUCUUAAUGGGAAAAUGGCGAAAUUAUUCACCAACGACAGUUUUGUUGACGCAAAAUCUGAUGAUUAUCGACUACCGCAAACAACAUUUGACAAUAAUGUCGACAAUUUAACGCUUAUUUAUGGCCCUCGACGUGAUUCAAUGGCGGUUGUCAUACCGAUUACAGCAAUAUACAUCUUAAUUUUUGUGACCGGAAUCAUUGGAAAUAUCAGUACAUGCAUUGUAAUCGCAAAAAAUCGCUCAAUGCAUACCGCCACCAAUUAUUAUUUAUUCAGUUUGGCCAUAUCCGAUUUUUGCCUAUUACUAUCGGGCGUACCGCAAGAGGUUUAUUCAAUUUGGUAUAAAUAUCCGUAUGUAUUUGGUGAUGUAUUUUGUGUGGCACGCGGUUUGAUUGCAGAAACAUCGGCAAAUGCAACAGUUUUAACGAUAACAUCGUUCACGGUUGAACGUUAUUUGGCAAUAUGCCACCCAUUUUUACAACACACAAUGUCAAAACUUAGCCGUGCAAUUCGUUUAAUUCUAAUCGUUUGGGUGGUUUCAAUUUGUUUGGCCAUACCGCAAGCAUUACAAUUUGGCGUUGUUAGCGAUCCAUUUCACAUGAUACACAUAUGCACACUGAAGCGUGUCAUUAUUGAACGGUCAUUUGAAUUGUCAACGGUUUUAUUUUUCUUAACGCCAAUGACAUUGAUCACCAUUUUAUACAUUUUAAUCGGAUUAAAAUUAAAAACAUCCGGAAUAAUCAAGCAUGAAAAUGGCGGAACAUCGUUGCAUCAGCGUGUACAUGUCAAUUCAACAUGUCGACAACAAGCAAGCGUUAGCACAAGACGUGUGUUGAAAAUGCUCGUUGCCGUUGUGCUAGCAUUUUUCAUCUGUUGGGCACCAUUCCAUGCACAACGUUUGGUUGCAUUCUAUUAUCGAGAUCACCCUUUUAUUUAUGCUGUAAUGACGUACAUAUCCGGAGUAUUGUAUUACUUAUCAACGUGCAUAAAUCCAUUGCUGUAUAAUAUCAUGAGCAAUAAAUUUCGUGAAGCUUUUAAGGAAACGUUGGCGAAAUGCUUUAAAUUACAAAAGAGAGAAUACGAUUCGUACAGCACCUACCGAAUGCUUUCACGACGCCAGCGAAGAUGGAACUGUUAUCAAGAGUCAGGAGACUAUUCUGGUAGUUCAAUCCGAGAUGACUACCUAUACUCAACCUCUACUCAGAAGCAGUCCUUCGAUUCGAUGACCGUAUCACAAUGUCAAUCGACUAAAAUGUCAAUUGAUUACGAUUUGAACAAUCAAUGUGCUGGUGAUUUUAAUAAAACCAUCAUAUUAUCGAAGCAUCAGCCACGUAGUAACAGCAAUUUGGGUGCAAAUGGCGUUGGAAGCAGAAGUAGUGGUGGCGGAGGCGGCGGCAAUAACGUGUGCCGAAUGAUUGACUCAACAUACAAUGACAAUGAAAUGAAUGUAAAGCAUGAUAAAUCACAUGAAAUCCGGAUCUCAAUCAAUUGUGUAAAUAGGAUAAAGCCAAAAAGUGAAUCAAAGCUAAUUCGAUUUUUUCAUAAUAUUUCACGUUGGCGAUUGCAUUCUCGUCACAUCGGCUAUUACAGUCCACGCACGAAUCAUUCAAUCGAUAUGAUAAAUGUACGCCAAAAUCCAGUUGUUGUUACAAAUAAUGAUGCUUAUCAAAUUUCUGAACGGAAUUUGGUACGUUUUAACAAUGCAAACAAUAACAUGAAGAAAACUCAACACAACGACAAUGACAACGAUUCAAUAAGUAACAGUAGCUUAAGAGAUGACAACGAAUUGGCAAUAAAAGACGAACUGUCCGCAUAUAUGGAAGAACUACGUUUACGUGAAAUAAGAUGACACAUGAGAAAUGCUCCGUGAGAUGAACAUUUUGACGCAAACAUUCAAACAAAUGCGUAUACGUCUCUAUGUAGAACGGACAGUAAAGAAAAAUAGUACCAUUUCAUUUCAGACUGCGUUUGCAUUUAUAUAAAACAAACAAAUCAAUUUACCAAACACACACGAAACCCACACAAUCUCAAUUUGAGUUUUUUUUUAUUUAAAGAAAAAGAAUAAAACAUACUAUACAUAUAUAAAUAAAAUUACAUAAAUGUGAUAAUAAUCUUAAUGUGAUACAUAAACACGCUUUUAAGGAGGAUGGUGAAAUAGUGACGAAACACACACACACACAUGAUAAAAAUUCAGUUGAAGUGUAUCCAAAAUUUGGAUUCCAAACGAGAAUGUAGCUAUUACACCAAUUAUUAUUGCUAUUAUUAUUCACAACCGUUUGUACUAUCCAUUCAGUUUUCUCUUCAAUUAACUAUUACUAUUGUACAUAAAAUCUAUCUAAAGUUUUAACAUUGUAAUUAGAACACAAAAUUGACCAAUUAAACCAAAACAAGACAAGACAUGUUUUUGUAUGAAAAUACAUGUCGUAUCUAUACCAAAAUCAUAAACUGUAUGUAUUCUGUUCUCUCAUUAGUUUGUAACACAUAAUAAUUAGAUUUAAAACAUUUAUAAAAUAUAAAGAAGUUUUCGAAUAGUUUAUGCAUUAAA